AUGUUGCCACAGGUCGCUACACACGUCUUUCACCACACAACCCGCGCCGUCGCGGCGGCGCCCCUCAGGAAUGUCCUCGGCACCACAACCGCGCCGGACCGCGCUCACGGGCACGGUGCUGGCGCCGGCGGCAGCAAGUACCAUGCGGGUAGUCGGUUUUACUCGGGAUACCAGGGCCCUGGCCGGGCGGUAACCCAGGCGAACACGACGACGGCCAACGACGCUCCGCAGGCGGACGACGAGGACUUCCGCGCUCCUUCGAGCUCGAGCCGUCGGAUUCGCACGCGUUCCUCCAGCUACUCUCUCGGCUCAGGCGCCCAUGGCCGCACCGCACGGGCACAGAGCCUCGGCGUUCUCCGGGCAGUGCAGGCGCAUUACCAUUCGCGUCAAGUUUUCGCGAGCAUCCCUCGUCCUCUGUUGACGGCCGCUCCUGCAGCUGUGGAGGAGCACGAGAUCGAGCGUCCGGCAACUCCCCGCCUGGUUCGCAGGAAUUCGACUGCUAGUACCGUCUCGUUGUCGAGCGCUGCCGAUGAGCCUCUACCAAGCUCAAGACCGGCAUCGCCCAAACCGCCACUUGCUACGGAUCCCGCCGCGCCACAAUCUGUAUUCCCGCCUGAACUGGAACAACAGACGGAGACGGUCAGGCUCUUGAAUGUGGCCAAUGGUAGACCUCAGGAGAUUCGCGCCGCCAUCGAGCGUCUUCGUGCACCGGAGACGAAGUCCGUCGUCUCCGAGUGGAAUGCGGCUAUCAGUGCACUCGCCUCCAUUCGUCUCUCCACGGAGCCGUUGUCCGAGAUUCUGCAAUUGUACAACGACAUGGUCGACCGCAACAUUCGCCCAGAUCUCUCGACGUACAAGAUUCUCAUGGACGUGCUCUUGAAGCGCGAGUCCGACGUGCGGAAGAACAUCACCCAAAUCCAAGAUCGUAUCGCCCGCCGCAAGGUUCUCAACAUCGAUGAGUCCCUCAGGGAGCAGCUCAACUUCGCGGACCGUCAAGCGAUCGCUGCACUCGAAGUUGAGAGCAACUACUCGUCUGCCAUGGCCAUCUUCCGGACCGUCAACACCGUCGAGGGAUGGCGCUUCGAACGCCGGACGUACCUCGAGCUUCUCGAGGCUACGGCCAAACGCGCCGAUAUCGAGAGCUCCCUUCUGAUCUUUGCACACAUGGAGAAGCUCAAGGUCAAGGCGCAGGCCAUGCAGUUCGCAUUCCUCGUCAGGGCGUACACGAAUGUCGGCGAUUACGAAGGCGCGAGGGUUGUCUUCGAGGAGGCGCAGAGGCUCCAGAAGGAGAAGGUUUUCUCAUUCGGCAAGAACGUCAACGAUGGCCGCGCGCACGUCAUCGACCUCUACAACGACAUGAUCCGCUCUUACAUCCUCGCUGGCGACGCAUCGACUGCCCUGGCGCUCCUGGAGAAGAUGAUGGACACCCCGAACGGCGUGGAGUUCAACGCCCACGAGACGCCGUGCCCGUCUGCAGCAACGUAUGACACCAUCGUCGAGGCGUUCUGCGAGGCGAAGGACCUCGACAGUGCCCACUCCUGGUAUCAGCAGCUCGCUCACAACGGCCGUGCCCUGCAGCAGCCGCGUCCCUGGCCGCUUGGCUAUGCGCCGCGUGUGAGCUCGAUGCUCUUCCUAAAGCUCAUAAACGCGCUCGCUUUGGAUGGGCGCGUCGAGGAGAUCAACCAACUCGUGGAGACACACAACCCCCGAUUCUUCCAGAUGCCCAACGCCUUCCGGUACCUCGUCUACGCCGCCAACAUCAGCGAUCUGCAGGACCGCAUGCCGCCGCCCGCCGUCAUCAACGAGCGUCUGGACUGGGUCUUCGCGUCAGUCCUCAGCGACAGGGAGUUCGUCUACAAGGUCGCGCUCGACUUCGGGAUGGACAACUCGCCUUUCGUGUUCGAGCCUGCUGUUCAGCUCUACGUCCGUGCCGGGAACUACGCCCGCGCGGCGGAUGUUGCGCUCCUCUGCGUCGACGGUCAGCUCAGGGAGAAGGCUAUGUUGACGAUCCGCGGCGCGUGGGGUCGCGGUGACAGGCUCUUGACGGCGCUUGUGGUCAGCCACGAAGGCACACCUCUUACGCCGGCGCUUCGCGAUUUGACGCCUGCGUUCCUCGGCUGGAGAAAUCGCAGGCUUCGCCUUCCGCAGGCGUUCAUCGAGGGUGUCAUGCGCGCGUUCGACAACGAGAUGGCACAGGGCAACGCAGCCCAGUUCACCCGCGAGGAAUGGAACAUGGUCAACACGCUUCUGCCGUACGCCUCGUCUGUCGAGGACCCGAACGUCGUCGGCCGCAUUGAGAGCGCGAUGAAGGGGAUGAAGGAGGCUGAGCUUCCGGCGCAUUAUACUAUGCGCCUCGUUCGCUCUCUCUUGAACAUCGCGGGCUCCGAACACACCGAAGCGUUCCUCGCCACGCUCGGUCCGGACUGGGCAGCCCUUCUCCCGCGCGUGUCGGCGCCUGCGACUCCCGAGCUUACCACCGCGGAGACGCAGUCCGUCGACUCUGCUGAGAUGUCGGCUGAGCGCGAGAGCGCGUCGACACCCGCUACGGAGGUUUCGGCCACGAUGGAGCCGGAGACCGCAAAACUCGACCGCUACUUGGGCGGACAGGUUAUCGAGCUUACGGCGCGCAAGGCGUCGAGUGAGGAAGUUGACGAGAUGUUCCACAUCCUCACGUCGCAGGCGCAUCAGGGCGUGUACACCUUCCCGCGCCCGUACGCGCUCUUCCUCUCUCUGCUCGGUCGCCGGCACGAUAUCCCGCGUAUGGAAGCGAUCUACGCUCUUGGUCAUCUUGCUGUUCCGCUUUUGCAGGAGCACGAGCAGCGCGAUGGGUGGAGGGUACUGGAGGACGCCAUGAUCAUCGGAUACGCGCACGCCGGGGAGCCUCAGCGCGCCGACGUCCAUCGCACGCGGCUGCUCGACGAGGGUAUGACGCCCACAGCCGAUGCAUACGCCGCGCUAGUCCAGGCCGUACACGCCACGACGGACGACACCGCCAACGCCAUGGCCUACUUCGACGAGGCGCGCGCCCGCGGCGUCCAGCCCAACCUCUUCAUGUACAACACCGCCAUCUCCAAACUCGCCAAGGCCCGCAAAGCCGACCAGGCGCUCGAGCUGUUCAAGGAGCUCAAGGAGUCGCACGCGAAGCCCAGCGCCGUCACGUACGGCGCGCUCAUCAGCGCGUGCUGCCGCGUGGGCGAUAUUUCGAACGCGGAGAAGCUGUUCGAGGAGAUGUUUGCCAACACGCACAACGGAAGGUUGAGGGUUCCGCCGUUCAAUACGAUGAUGCAGUUCUUUGUGCAUACGAAGCCGAAUCGGGGACGGUUUUUGCAGUAUUAUUCGAGGUUGAGGAGGGCGGGGAUCGCGCUUACGGAGCAUACCUACAAGCUCGUUCUCGACGCGUACGGUACCAUUGAGCCCAUCGACUUCAACGCUAUGGAGGCAACCUUCGAUGCGCUCUGCAAGGACCGCAACGUCAAAGUUCACGGUGUACACUGGGCCUCGCUCAUCAACGCGUACGGCUGCGCCGGAAAGGACCUCCAGAAGGCUAUCGAUAUCUUCGAGUCCAUCCCAUCCCACCCGCACACCGUGCACGGAAACGGCCCGGUCCGCUCGGCCGUCGUCUACGAGGCGCUCUUCAACGUCUUCAUCACGCACCACCGCAUGGACCUCGUACCGGCCUACCUCGAGCAAAUGCAAGCCGAGGGCUCAUAUCUCACCGCAUACGUCCUCAACCCGCUCAUCCGCGGCCAUGCGCUCGUUGGCGAUAUCCAGUCCGCACGCGCGAUUUUCGAGAAUAUGGUCGACCCUCCUUCGGGCGUCGCAGCGCCGAACAACCACGCUGCGCACGACGCGACUCAGGGUGCUCCGCAGACUGUCGGCUCGCAACCUGGUGCACCUGUGUACCGCGAGCCGUCGACGUGGGAGGCUAUGGUCCGCGCCGAGCUCGGCCAGGGGAACCGCAACGAGGCGGUUGCUUUGUUGGAGAGAUUGCGCGAGAGGCAUUAUCCGGAGAGCAUCUACAACCGCAUCAGCGGUAUCAUGCUCGACGACUCGGUCUCGCCGUGGCCCGCGACGAUGAGCUCUGACCACCCGCUCGCGUCCGCCUCGGCAUAG